CCCCUCCCGUGCUCAACAACCCAAGCACGCAGCUCAAGCUGAAACGAAAAUGGAGGCGAAUAUUGGGAAAUUCUUCGAGUCGGUUGGCAAUUUCUUCACUGGUGGCGACCAGAUCCCCUGGUGCGAGCGCGACGUCAUCGCCGGAUGUGAAAGAGAAGUUGCUGAGGCUGAGAAAGGUUCCGAGUUGUUCAAAGAAUGUCUCAUGCGUCUGUCAUGGUCUCUUGUUCAUUCAAGGCAUCCAGAAGAUGUGCUACGUGGAAUAGCAAUGCUUGAAGCUUCUGUGAGUGAUGCUAAUAGCACCCCUCUGCAAUUGAGAGAGACUAUUUAUCUUCUUGCUGUUGGGUAUUACCGAAGUGGUGACUAUUCUAAGAGUAGGGAACUUGUUGAACAGUGUUUAAUGAUUGCACCUGCCUGGAGACAGGCGCUGACCCUUAAGAAAAUGAAUGAAGACCGGAUCAAAAGAGAUGGUGCGAUAGGGAUAGGAAUUGCUGCAACUGCUGUUGGACUGAUUGCUGGUGGAAUUGCUGCAGCCGUGGCUCGGAAGAAGUGAUCAUGCUUUCAAACCCUACACCUAUCUGCAAAUUUAUUAGAUGAACAUGCCUUUUGAAUUAUGUUGCUUGGCUGCUCUAGUCCCUGUUCAUAGAAUUUUACAUUAGACGUAAAAUGAAUGCUAGCGUAUAUACACCAGCUUGAAGUUCUGUAUAUUAUAAAACAUGAUGUGUUUGUGUUUUCUGUCUUAACUUUGCUGAAUUAGGCUCUAAAUAUCUGUUUUUGCCUCACGUUUGGGGCUAUAACAGGCAGGAAAUUUAUUUGUUCGAGUUUGCUUGUGCAACUUGUUCAACUUUCUGCCAAAGACAUGCAUGUGAAAGGAGUCGCUAUUUCUUCUGACCUGGGCAACAGCCUAGGCGUAGAUAAUAGUAACUCUAUUAUUAUUCACAUUAUUCAGAUUACCUUCUGCUC